AAAUGGAGUAGCUUUACUUUGGCAGCAGUUUCAUUGUCCGGCGAGAAAGGGGAGCCGCCGGAGGAGGAGAAGAUGCCCACGGUGUGGGCGGCGCUCAAGAAGUCACUCAACUGCAAGUCGGGGGAUUCUUGCGGUGUGAUCGAGCGGGAGGAGUCUCAGGGCGUCGUGACAGGCGGGAAGAAGGCGGCGGCGGCGCCGCCGGCGCCGGCGCUGCGCAGGUCGGGGUGCUCGCGGUCCAUCGCCAACCUGAGGGACGUGAUCCACAGCCAGUACGGUGGCAGCCGGAGGCAGGAGGUUGCCGCCGCCGCCGCCGUCGCCGGUGGUGGAGGGGAGUGCGGUAGCCCGAGGUCGAUAGGGAGCAGUGACGUGCUGAACCCGGUGACCCACGACGUGCUGCUCGCCGCAGGGCCGGAUGCCAAGUGCGAGCUCCGGAUCAGCACCCCCGGCCGCGGCGCGUGGGGCGGCGGGGUGCCGUUCCCGCACAGCCCGCUCCUGCUGCGGUGCAGCACCACCCCUGUCUCGACGAGGAAGUCCCCGUCUGCCAUGUCGCCGCUCCGCUCCGGCACCGUCGCCGAUGACGACGACGGGGCCGAGGCGCCGUCGCCCGCUCCCGCCAGGGCCUCCUGCGAAGUCGGCGUCCGGUGCCACCGCUGCGGCGACCGCUUCGCCAACCACGACUCCCUGGAGUCGCAUCACCUCUCCAGACACGCCGUGACCGAGCUGGUGGAAGGCGACUCGUCGAGGAAGGUGGUGGAGAUCAUCUGCAAGGCCGGGUGGCCGAAGUCGGAGAACGCACUGGGCCGCGUCGAGCGGGUGCUCAAGGUGCACAACGCGGAGAGAUCGGUGGCGCGGUUCGAGGAGUUCAGGGAGACGGUGAAGGGCCGGGCAGCGAGGCUGCCCAAGAAGCACCCGCGCUGCCUCGCCGACGGCAACGAGCUGCUCCGGUUCCACGCCACGACGCUCUCCUGCUCCCUCGGCGCCGGCGACUCCUCCAGCAUCUGCACGUCGGGGAGCUGCAGCGUGUGCCGCAUCAUCCGCCACGGCUUCUCGGCGACGAGGGAGGUCAGGGACGGCGUCGGCGUGUUCACCACGUCCACGAGCAAGCGCGCGCUGGAGUGCAUCCAAGAAACCGGCGCCGGCGCCGGAGACGAGGCCGAGGCGGCGAACGCGGGCGUGAGGAAGGCGCUGCUGGUGUGCAGGGUGGUCGCCGGGAGGAUCCACCGGCCACUGGAGAACCUCCAGGACGUGGCCGCGCAGCCGGGCUUCGACUCCGUCGCCGGCAAGGUGGGCGCCUACGCCAGCAUCGAGGAGCUGUACCUGCUCAACCCGAGAGCUCUUCUCCCCUGCUUCGUCGUGAUCUGUAAAUCUUGAUGAUCUGCGACGUGUUUAAGAAUCAAGAAUCAUACUUUGUUUGCAUAAGAUUCGGCUUAGUUCUCGGGAAUCAUUUGUUUUGAGUGAUGAUCUGAUGAUUAUUCUGAUCCAGGUGUUGUUCUGUUCUGUAACUUUUG